AUGUACUCUGGUUACUACACUUUCAAGGAUGUUCAGAAACUGAUGAGGGAUAAUGGAGGAGUUGACUUACAACCUACUAGUACGAACGGUGGGUGUUACAUCAAACCUGGUAGCGGCAAUUCCGUUUGUGUGACAACAUACCUGUCGAGACUUCUCGGGCUAACGAUGGACGACAGUGAG